AUGCCGAUUCUGACUCCCCAGGACAGCUUCGAUAUAGUCCCCGACGAGUUCAUCAUGGCGGCCACGGACGCCGCUCCUGUCCAAAACGCUGCGAACCCUGCGCAGUUGCAGACAAUGUGCACAUGCACGCAAAACUCUCCACCAAAGCCCGUCGCGAAUAUCUUCUCCGAAGAAGAUGAGGUCCAGGCCCCCCGCGGCCGCCGUCGCCGCAUCCCCUACCGCAACCGUAGCCGCGACUUCUCCCCACGCUUCUCCCCGCGCUCACCAGCCUACUCGCCCGCGCCACCCAGAGACGAGGAAACCAUCGAGGUCGUCUCCUCACACACCGAGCUAUUCACACCCACCCCGAAUCUCUCGGAAGCCCAAGCUCAAGCUCAAGCUGGAGCUACACCCGCAACCGCACCCCUCGACCGCAUCGUCCUCCUAACCCCCUUCACCCGCCCAGCCUACAUCACAACACACCCAGCGUCCCACUACGACUUCACCCGCUGGCUCCCGCUCCUCGCUCUCGGGGUUCCAGAGACAUGGUACAUGUUCUCGAACACGGACACGCUCAUCUCCACAUCCCUAAAUCAGCCGCACCUCGCACCCCCCAAUACAUCUCUGAAACCCCUCCAGGACCCGCGCCCCGUCGGCCUGCGUCUCCCGCGCAUCACAGCGAAUGACCCGCUCCACCCGUCGCACUCUGCCUCCUCCCUAACACCCAUCAAAACCGAAUCGGGAACCCUCCCACCGCCAGACCUAAUCUACCUCUCCAUCCAAAGCAGCAUAACGGGCCACACAACGAACCGCUCAGGCCGAUGGAUCUCGCCAGACCGCGGGAUGAUGCCUGACCUUGCGGGAAACGGAACGGGGACGACGGGCGCGAGUAUUUAUCGGGUUGUGCGGUGCGGGAGCCGCGAGGAGGCGGCGGCGCAGGCGUUUUAUGCUGCUGGUGGGAAUCGCUGGUCGACGCUUUUCACGUGUGUGGUUGUGGGCGGGAAGAGGGUUCUCAGUCAGCGCCUGCUUGUUGCUGAUGGGGAGGGGUAUGAGAGGGUAAGUUCGUUGGGAGAGUUGGUUGAGGGGACUGAAGGGGAAAAUGGGAAGAUUAAGAUCUUUUAUUAA